AAGUUAUAUAAUGAACAACCUUAUAAGAUUGUCGCUCCAAGAGGUAUACCAAUCAUUGAUUGAAGGCUCGGUUGACAUAUACCAUCAACACCAACCAAACCAAUAAUGGCGCGAAGUGGAUUUGGGCAGAUUUUGGUUGUACUGUACUUAGUUCACGCCUUUCACUUAAAUGUUGCUCAGAUAAUUUUUGGUGACGAGGAAAACCAAAUGUUCCUGUUUGGUCGCCUCCCGUUUCGUGUGAAUGAAAGCACCAUUUUCGACCAGCGCGAAUUCCGGCAAAUACCUCUUGGGUCGGAAGGAUCUACCAUAACAUCUCUCGAUUACAAUCCCGUCGACCAGAUGGUGUACUGGGGUUCGCAGACGAGAAUCAUGCGUAUAUCUACUAUCGAAAUGGAAAUGCCGCCGAAACCAGUUACUGUUCAACAGCUGCCUAGCAGCCCACAUUCUUUAUCUCUUUACACGGAAGGAAGUUCACUUUUCUACACACUUGUCAAUGUGCCUUCAAUCUUCUAUAUCGAUACAGCGACUAAUGCGCCAACCAUCCAGACAUUACUGACUGUCUCCAAUGCAAACGAUGUUAUUACAAUUGAAAACUUGGAUAGGUUUCUUAUCUACACUACCUCUCAUACUCAGACGUUGACUAUCUACGACUUAAUGAAUGACCAGAAGUGAAUUGUCAGUCUCCCCCACUUAUACACAGGCGCCGCUACUUGAGAGGUGCCUAUUACCUGUUGGCUCAACAGUUCUCCCCUUAGCCCGAUUGUACUACGUAAACAAUUCACGAGUUUUAAUUUAUACGGAUACACUCGACAGUGGGGAUCGGACCACGAUCGGGAUCUUGCCUUAUGAGGAAGCUGAAGUAAAGCAGGACAUGGCAAAGUAUGGAAGCAAGCUUUUCUUCAUACGAGAUAAGCUGGUGGAAUACGACAUGAUGUCGAAAUCCGUGAUGAUCCAUGACAACAUCACCCUGUCCCUGAAAGUUGGUGGCACGCAUACAUUCAGUCCUCAAUCUCUUCGGAUCACUGGCAUUGAUUAUACCGAACCCGUUACCAUCGUUGAUUGUCCUAUGGACAUCUCUGUACCCAUCAGCAGUAGCUCGGCAGACGGCACACGGCAAGUUUCCUGGACUGAACCUUCUUUGAACGCUUGGUCCAACUGUGCUACCUUGGAUUUUCUAGGACAAGGGACCAAUGGAGGUAAUUUCAGCGAGGGGAUCUACAACAUGUCAUACCAAGCCUUGGAUACGAGAGGAAAUACAGAUGUGUGUAACUUCACGGUGACAGUCAUGAAUAAUGACGCGUCUACUACGGUUGGCUCGUCCAUCAAUCCUCAGUCAGGGCCUACUGGAGGUGGCACUACACCCUGUUCGGAUGGGAACCCACCGUCCGGGAAUGGCAUCAAAACCUCGUGUAACGUGUUGCAAGUAGCCACUGCCCUUUUCAUAACCAUGAUAGCCGUAUUUAUGUAGGCCUUACAAAGAGAUCAAUAGUUUUAUUUUGCUUCUGGAUGGUAAACGGAAGAUACAGACUUAAACCUUAUCCCUUCCAAAACUACUACCCACGCACAUUCUCUGGGUGGUUAAGGUUUUAGGACUGUAGCACUGGCAUUGCCCUUUUUUCAGAUUGUUUGGAAAACGAAUCUACUGUUGAGUUUAUGUACGUAGCGGGCAGUAUACAUUCCCGCAGAAUAUGUCCUUUAUUGGUGUCUGAAAACAAAAGUUCACUAGUGAACGUCUGAACCCUUGUAUAACAUAAUGUUUUUCGAAUUCACGACGCAUAAUUAAUUUAAGAACAUUUAGAAGGACUUUGUCCAAAACUGGUGAGUCGACUCAGAGUCGGGACUGCAGUUUUGUCAUAAGUUUCGAAGCUGAUAAAAAAGCAAAAUGUAGAUUGUCCAGGAACCUCUUACUAUGGGCUUUCGUUGUUAGCCCAUGCUCUUAGUAUCAAUUUUUAAUUAAUAUCAUUUAGAUGUCCCCACCCCAUAAAGGAUAUUUGAUUACGAACGGAGUCCUCCUGAAUGAAACGACUGCGCUAAUAAUAAGCAGUAGCAUCUAAUGGUGUCAUUAGUUACUUCAAAGAUUAUAUUUCAGAUUUACUAGGAGAAAAAAAAACUUGUGUCAUGUAAAGGACUUGUUGGAGGAAAUGAUUAAUGUAGGGGUUGGUGUGUAACUUGAUUUCUUCUUUUAUGUUUUCUUUUUGUUAAUUCUUAUGCAAAUAUCAUGAUAACUACAAUUAGCAGAAUGCUAGUCUUUCUCGUUCUGGUCAUGUCCACGAAGAAAACAAAAAUGUAUAUCUAAGAACAAAGAUGAAACAUCGUGUAGACAAUUGCAGAUGUAAAAUAUGCAUUGAUAUUGUAUCAUUAACUUCAAGCCGAAUUAUGAAAUCAGGCUUGUAUACAAACUUGGGUAGACGGUAAAACAAAUAAUGGCCAUAUCUAACAUUCAUAUUACAGUCGGAUGUUUUGUGGUAUUUUUUUUUAUUUAUCCGCAAAAGUGAGUUUAUGGUUAUCUAAAAUCGUUAUUGGUUUUCAAAAGGGAGCUUAAAUCAAUUCAUAUGCUUAUUAUUUGUAAAACGAAUAUGGAAAAAAAAUAGUUUGUCUGUUGUUUAGAAUAUGUAUGUAGUACGUGAUCUAACCAGAUUCACCUCAGAAAAAAAGAAUAUUGGGAUAAAGAUAUCGAUAAAUGAAUAUAAAAUGAAAUAAGUAUGAAUAAGUGUCAUGUUUUGAGAAAUCAAAUUAAAUUUGUUUUGUGUUACGAGUCCCUGGAAACACUUCUGAAAGGCAGCGAGGGUAUUUGGGCGAAGAAUUCCGACGGUCUUUGAAAAAAAAUAAAACCAUUGAAGAAAAAUAACAAGGGUUUCCAUUCUUAGGUUAAUUUCAUUUUCACAUGUUUUAUGCCCGGUGUAUAGACUAAACGAACUUUGAAUAUCCUUAUUAUUUAACACAUGGUAUAUUUUUCAGAUUGGACAUGUAUGGAAAGGUAUAAUUUAACGGUUAUAAAUGCAUUGUGUGAAAUUGUUCAAUAAAAUUAUCAGAAAUUAAUUAUAUAAUUUUCCACUCUUAUCUUUCGAUCUUAUGCAUAUCGUACAAACCAGAAAGAUUUUGACAGUAAGUGCAAAAGAGGCAAGGAUUGUUCAUUUACCUUUAUUCAUUUCAUCAAAAUCAGACAAGAUGAUACGAAUGACAUUUUUUUCAGCUAUGUCAUAUUUUAGAGAAAUCGUUGACGUGAGGCCAUAUUCCCGUCCUAUUUAUUUGUAUUUUAUCAAAUGAAAUUAAAUCUAUGCAAUUUUUUUUCACAAAUAAUUGAAAAAAACAACUUGAGGAUUGAUUUAAUGCAUAACAUGCCAAUAAUUGCAGUGGCAUUUCAUUGUCAGAAGGGAGACGUAUUGUGCAAACACGGGUCGUGUGGUCCAGUAACACAGGUCGUGUGGUCCAGUGGUUUGAGCAUUGGACU